AUUUUUCAUUGUUGAUUGUUUUUGUUUGUCUGUUUGUAGUUUUCCCAACCGCAAGCGUUCCAGUUAAUGUCCAUGAGCUUGCUGACUUUUUGCAUCCUCUUGUUUUAGGGCUAUCGGUAUUCUGUAUGUUACAUUAGCGGAUUAGCCCUUAUAGCUUGUUGAGGAAGCCUAAAAUUAAUAAGUGCACCUCUUUUGGGGAGAUGGGCGAAGAAUUCAAGCGAUCGACUGGAAAGUUUCCAGUGGAAACUGGAGAUGAUUGCAAAUUGGUGCACGGUGGUGCCUAAUUUGAUAGUUACCCGCAUCAAGCAGACAGCCAAACGGCAGUAAGGGCAGUUCCCGAAGUCUUCAGCGGACAUUGGCGGAAUGAAGUCCUGUGCUUGAUGCUUUUUCGCAGCGUCUGUGUGAGUACCGCUCGAAGUGGAUUAGCGAUAACCGAAUAACGCUUUGGUCUGCGAAUUCUGUUUUCUUUGUUUUGUCCCCUGGAACGGAAUCUCUGUCGAUUGUCUGAAAAAGCCUAUUUUAUUUAUCUUUUCGGCGUAUCUUGGAGUGGAACCAUGCCGGCUAAGACUUCGGUGAUGCGAGAAGAAAGCGAUUUGGAAGAGCACGAAAGAGACGAACUCGACAAUCUAGAUGCGCGCCUGCGACGCGCCGAGCAAGCUUACCAACGAAUACUCCACAGCCUUAACAUAGAGCCCGUUCCGAAAUUCCCAAAAGACGUUCCUGAUAAGAAACGGGAUCACAGGAUUGAUGGCGCACCCCAACAUUCCCCAGAUAUACGUCCGCGGAUUUUAAAAUUGCCUAACUACGAUGCUGCGGAGAUUGUCCAGCGCGAAAGCAGUCCGCCUGCCGACGGUUUAGAACAGUAUGCGCGCUCGAAGGCCCUCGUUCCUCCGCUUCGCUUCCCAUCCAAUCGGCAGUCGCAGGACGACAAGCUGCAAGUGAUCGAGGAGUCCAAUCGCUCUGAGCGGGAUAUCCAUGUCAGCGCGCUGCGGAGCGCCCUCCGCCCGGUCCGGCUGGAACGCCCCGUGUGGAUUCAGGAGCACCCUCCUCCGGAAGUGGCCGAUAACGGCAGUAACGGUAUAUCCGCUCAGCCCGUUCUUUCGUCCGGUCGCCAUGGAUCCAGCUUGGAAAAUGGCGUUUGUCCAGCUCCGCGCAGUAAUCCUCGUGAUCUCGUCAGGAAUAUUUUUGCCGGUUACUCUCUGGAAUAUCCCAACGGGAAAGCUGCCACCCCAAAAUGGCAGAAGCAGCCACCCCAGAUAGACAGACCACUCCAACAAGCAGUCAACUCCAACAAGCAGCCAUCCCAGAUACCCAUUAUCCCAGUUCCAACGAAACCUCAAAGCAGCGGAGCAUGGAGCGGCUCGUUAGAUUCUCCAUCGUCACAUUCCGGGAGAAGCUUGAGCAGCAGAUCUUUGAAACUUCCGGUCAGUAAGAAGAAACCGGAAAACAGCGAUAAUGGUAAAGAAAAGCCUGUGGUUAAACCAGAUUCACAGGCGUCGGAUGUCGACGACGAUACGUCCAGUCACAAUACAUAUAUUACCCGGUCGAAAUCCGUGCAGGAUUUGCCUUCGGUGGGACAGUCUGUCCGUAGCCGGUUGAUCACGGUUCCUCUUCUCAAGCCCGCUCCACGAGUCAGCCAACCGGUGUAUCGCCGCUUCCGCGGAAGGUCAUUAGAGCGAUAUAUGGCGGAGCGCGCUGAGCGCGAGAUAUCGGAUUUAGAAGAGACCAAGCGACAGUUCCGCGCUCAUCCUCUGCCAUCGUGGAUCCAUGAACAGCGUAUGAGAGAUAUGAAAAGUGAGGAGCAAAAGCGGAAGGAGAGAGUGCAGAAUCGAGCCAAAGAGAUGUUGGAACAGGUUAAGCCUUUCGAAUUCCGGGUAACUAAAGACCGAAAGCGAGUGGUUAGUGAGGGAAAGGGGAAGAGUGUUUCGGAGAGAGCCGAAAAGAAGGAAGAGCAGAAAGGAGUUGUGAGAAAGAGCGUUUCGGAAAGGGGAAGGACCAGAACGAAGGGUGUAGCGGAAGCUUUCAGGGUGACCGUACCCCGCACUAACUGCCACAAGCAUCUGCCGACGGCGCCCACUUUCCAACCGCACAUCAACCACUCUGUUCCGGAUUUUGCACGUUUGCAUGCCAAACUGGACCGGCAACGGGAGGAUCGACAGGAGAAGAAUUUCACCACGGUUCCGCGGCCCUUCCAUAUGAAUCAACAACCCGCCAAGAAAGACUCGAGGAGGGGAGACUCCCCAACGGGAUCGCAGUCAGCGCCUAGUCUUUUCAAAGCCUCGGCGCCGGAUUAUGAUAAUUUUGCGCUGCCUUUUGAGGAGAUGGUCCGACCCACCAAAGCCUUCAAAUUAAUGACUGCGUUUUCCAAGCAAAAGAUUGAAGAAGAUCGGCGCAAUGCAGCCUUCUUCGACGAGGAUCCAGUACUGGUCGAACGUGUGCGUGAAAGCUUGUUGGUGCGGGAUGAAGAGUUAGGGAAACUGUCUGGUGCCUCUAAAAUGCAUCACAAAAAUCGGGUGUCUGAAGUGCAUGAAUCCCAGCACGGGCGCGAGUACCUGGAAAUGUUAUCCGAUGUGCGUCGGCGACUUAGCGAACGACCAUUUAUGUGGGAGCGCACGCAGAUGGAAGAACGGAAGCGGCGCAUCGAAGCCAAGUUUCAAGAGAUUUUACAAGGCGAUGCUGUGGAAAAUAUUUUUCAGCGUGCAGUCAGUGGGACAGCUGGAGACUGAGUUUGCAGCCUUCCGAGUUCUGCAUUCCUGUCCUUUUUCGCAAUAUUAUUGUGACCGUGUUUUUAUUUUCCUGAAUUUUUUUGUUCCUUUUAUUUGUUACGGAAUCAGUAUUUGUUUUUCGAAGAAAUUUUGUUACUGUGUGAUCAGGUGGCGCUUGUUGUACAAAGCUGUGUCCGGUAAAACAUUUUUUUUCGUUUUCGUGAAGAUUA